AUGAAGUUUUUUGCAUCCAACCAAGUCUCCAACCUUGAAGCUCCAGAUGACUACAAGUCUUGGUGUCAGUCCAUGUAUGCUUUGUUUGGAAACAAGUGGGCCUCAAUGCACUUGGGGCCAAUGUGGUCCUAUGAGUUAGAAAGGGAGCAUGUAUCAGUUACUAAUGAUUCUUCAUUAAGUUUAGAUAUCAUAAGCCAAGCAUUGCAAGAAACGUUUGGAGAUGACUCGGAUGUAGUAAGUAUGGAAAACCCAUUGCCUGUCCUGAAGAAUGUGCAAGAUACUAGCAUUGCUGACGAUGUGGUAAGGUCUGGAAGGACCAUAAAAGGAGACCCAUUAAAGGUACAUAAUAUUAAUGAGCAUCAAUGUGGCGAUAUUAAUGUUGUAUAUGGGUAUACAGUAUGCUGUAUCUAAAACAUCCAUGAGUGAGUACAUUACAAGAUAUUCAAAAAUAGUAAAAUACAGUUAGUAAUAUUAACUAAAUUCUCUCUCUCUCUCUACUAUUGAAGUAGCGGUAACUUUUCUCUCUCUCUCAUAGGCCAAGAUAAAUAUUGCUGGGCCAUCUUCACGUACAAUUCGAAGAAUGACUGAGGGCAAUGAUUAUAGCAAGGGCACUGAAAUUCAGGUAUAUUACGUAUGUUUGCUGAUCAACAACUUAUAUUAAUUUUGUUAUUACUGUACAUGCUAUAUGAUGGAUGUAUUUUAACAGACAUCUGCUUUGAAAUUUCUUCACAAUGCCUACCCAAAUGGAAGGUGGUGGUUGAAAGCUGAUGGUACUGACAUUCAAGAGGGACUCAGAGAAUCCAUGAGAAAUGAAUGGUCAGGUGAUGUAGAUUUAGGAGAUGGUAAGUUAGGAAUUAAGUAUUCCAAAUACUUAGAAUACCUUAAGCUUGUCCACAAUAUAGGGUUGAAGGAAAGGGCUUCCUCUGACAACAUCAAAGAAGACCUUCAACAGAUUUGUUCUAAGCUAUCCACAGAGAGUGAAUUCCUGACAAAUGGUCAUGCAGAUGCCAAAAAGGAUUACAAGAGCGUCCAGGAUAUGGCCAACUCUACAGAGAAAGCAUUGUUUGCAUGUGCGUGGAAUGUGGAAGAGUUCAGUGAGUUGCUGGAGAAGAAUGCGUACUUGUUGCAGUCUUUGAAAAACCUCAUAAGCAUCCUCGAAAGUGGAAACACCCAUUCUAUAAACAUCGGAACAACUCUGGUUAAUCUACGUAAAGAAUUACUGGAUUAUGUUAAAGGUACUAGUAAUUUUCAGGAAUGUUAUUGUAAAUAACUUGUUAUCCUUACUCAUAUGACAUGUCGUAACAAAUGUUGUGGACAGUUAUCGGAAAGUCCUUAAACACACUAGAUCAAUUUAAUGUUCUCUUAUAAAUACAUGUAUGUAUUAAUGUUUCAGGAAUUACCUCAAAGACACGAGUAGCAGCAUCUCACAUACUGAUAUUCAUGGUAAGUGAUGAAUUGAGAAAUUUCAAACCAUAUGCUAUUCCUGUUCGUGUUCUUAAGUACAGCAGUCUGACAGACAAGAAUGCACGAGACCUGAAGGAAGAAUUGAAAACUGCAAUGGAAGACAUUGGCAUGGUAACUGUGGGUAUGUACGAAUUAUGUGUACCGGUAUUUUUAAUGUUGUAUAGUUACCGUAUUCUCUCUAUUAAGCCCCCUCUAUAAUAAGCCCCCUCUCUAAUAAGCCACACCCUUUUAAGAGGAAUAAAUUUAUUAAACCCCUUUCUCUAUUAAACUUCCACCCCCAUUCAUAUGAAUAUACCACAUUGUACAUAACAUACGUUAUAAUACAUACUAUUAACACGUUAUAGUAUGAUACAAUUGUUAAAGAUGGAUUUCAUAAUAGAUGCUUGUGAAAAUUAUCUAAGAUUUUAUGGAUAACUAAAUAAGCCCCCCUCUCUAAUAAGCCCUCCUCAAUUUAUAUUAAAUAUUUUAUCCAAAAUGUAUAGUCAUGCUUAUUAUGUAUUUCAUUCAAAGGUUUUGUUACUGAUGGUGAGUUCAAUUCAUUGCGAACACAAGGUAAAGAUAGACCUGUCUCAUUCAGCUGAUUAUGGAUGCCAAGAAUGAAGCACGGGCGAUACCUGCCAAGGAGAUUGAGAAAUUCUUCAAGUCUGUCAAGAAGGGUAAUUAUGCUGUAGUAUUGUUGUAUCAUACCAUUAACAUAAUACCCUGUGGGAUACAGUAUAUACAAGAAACUGCCAUUUGCUGUUAGUAAUAGCUAUUGGAGCACGUACUAAGAUGUUAGAAGCGAAUCAUACAUGAUUAAACAUAGUGAGUUGUGGACGUUCUCUGGCUAAAAUAUGAAUUGAAAUACAAGCUUUCGACUGCCAGUCUGCAGUUACAAUGAACAAAAUUAUAUAUAGAGUGGUAUAGAAUACAGAUUUUUGAUCAAGAAAUUAUCAUAUUUAUAUCAUAUGUUAAACUCAUUUAGCUCAUUAGUAUAUGUACAAUAUAUACAUUAUUACUAAUUGGAAACCACUAUAUACAAAUUUUUUAUUGUAAAUUUCCGUCCGUUUACUGCAGACUGGCAGUCAAACGCUUGUGUUCUGUAUUCAAAUAAAUAUUUUAACUCAUGAUGCAGAACAACAUCUACUGUACAGCAACAACUCACAAAGUUCUUUGUGUUCUGUGAUUAACAGAAGGUGUAGUUUUGCCUGUGAAAGGUCACAAUGCUAUUCCGUUGGGAGAUGUUCAGUGGUUAGCAGAGUAUAUGAAUGGUGAACCCAAAGUAUCAUUUCUCAAUGCAAUCAGGAUACUUCGCAGAAAACACUUUCCGUUUUCUUAUGACCCACACCCUUGGGUUGCAGGUAAGGUAUCUACUGUACAGUAUGUAACAUAUGCCACAAACUAGAUUUACUGUUACUUCUGAAUCUCUCAACUUUACUCAUUUACAAUUUUAGCUACAAUAUCAUGAUUAAUCUCAAAUAAUUUACUUGUAAUAAAAUGUACAGUAAUUUUUUUUUCUGUUAUGUAAAGGUAAAACUGAGUCGAAAUCUGACUGUUUGAAAUCCCUUAUGGCGAUGUACCUCUUCAAGAAUAAAGUAAGUAUGUUCUGUGCACAAGGUGUUAACUUUCAGGAUUAUUUGUAUGUGCCAGAGGUAAGUGAACGCACAGGUGAACCUCAACAAGAGCGUGAAGACCACAACCAUGUGCUAAAGAGAAUAGCUGGCAGUUUGAGAAAGGGGCAUAUCCCGAAUGUGGAUCUUCAAGCAUUUGUCAAAGCUAUGAAUAAUGCAGAAACAGGUUUGACCUACACUGCAUUGACAGGUAAGAGAAAGCAGAGUGUGGGUGACGCCGAGAAAUUGUUGUCACCUGCAGUUGCUAAAUGGUUGAAAGCUAAUGGUUUCUUAAAUGAAGGUAGAUUUGUAGAGAUUGUAUCAAACUGGCACAAGGCAAGUGAUGGUCGUGGACUGACGGAAGCUGACCGUAAGAAGUACAACCUGGCGAUGUUGGAUUAUAUAUUGGAAGACUGGAUGCCAUGGUACAAGGAAGAAAGAGAUUAUUCAACAUUAGAUGUCAAUAGGUACAUGUGAUGCGCCCUUCUUUGUUCUUUUACUCUGUCUAAUGCCAGACAAUUUUAAUCAUCAAGGGGAGAUUCUUGUGCUUUAAUGAGUUAAUAGAGUUUUAUAAAAAUGCAAUAAUUUCAGUGCAUAUUGGACAUACUGUAAUGUACUGCACUGAAUUUAAUGUGCACUUCUGUUAAUAUAUAGACCUAUCAGAGGAAUUAGAGGAUUCACUAGAGAAGUUGUGGUUGCACUAACAACAAAUAUUGAAAGUCAGGUUUGUUUAUAAAUGUGCCUUACAAAUGUGUGGAGAAAUGUGCAGUCAUUUCAUAAUUAGGGACCGGUCAAUGUGCAGUCAUUUCAUAAUUAGGGACGUCAGGGUGGGCUGGAGGAAAAAGACCAGAAACGGUGCAAGUUUUCCAUGCCCCCCCCUCCCCAUAAGGUGUUAAUUUUUUGAUGACCCCCCCCCCUUCCAACCGACAAUUGUUUUCACAACCCCCCCCCAUUUAUUUUCACCAAGUCGUAUAAAUUUUCCCCCAAAAUGUUGUCGACGGGGGGGGGGAGGGGGGGGGAGGUAAAAAAAUUUUCCAGACAAACAUAAGCGGUCUAAAAAAUUUUCCAGACUAACAUAAGCAUAUUCAAAAUUUCUCCACCAACAUAAGCAACGCUUCCAAUUUCUUCAGCACAAACAUAACAAAAGUUUUAAAACUGUUAAAAUUGCAAAACAUUUCAUCAAAUGGUUUUGGUUGUGAUUAAGGCUUGAUAUUUGAAACUGGUCAACCUAAAAUAUUAAGAAUUACCACAAAUAAUUUUCACCUCCCCCCCCUUUCAUACUGAAAACACCUUAAAGGCCCCCCUAAUUUUCCUCCAGCCCCCCUGGUCCUCAAUUAAUGGACAGUCCCUUAUAGUAUAUUAUUGUUACAGGAGUUCAGACGGAGAUAUGGACUCGAAAAGGGGCUUCUUCCUGAACAUCCAAGAGCAGGAUCAACUGAUGAUGUUGAAGGCAUUUUUGCUUUCUUGCAUGGACUGCUUGGACCAAUUUUCGAUGAAAAGGAUUUUCAUGAUGCCUUCCCGAAAGUUAUUAGCGAGUACACCAAGAAAUGUGAUCCUGACUUGCCCUUUUACUACUACACUGGAUCCAAUGACAGAUAUAAUGACGGUUUAAUACAGUCAUUUAAUGUACCCUCGAGCAGUGGUGAAGAACGACUGGAUAGUGUAUCUAUUUCUAGACGAGCUGAUCCUGGGGUUUUUGUGACAAAUCGAGCUGUGAUUCCUCAGCGUGGACAACUCAGUGUUAGAACAGCCCAUUUUAAACCAGCAGAGAGCUUGCCACCGCCACCUGCUCCAUAGAAUACUGGU